ACUGGAUAGACUGCGAACGAGACGUGCAUUCGGAUCAGCUACACGUUCCCACCAACCGGUCAGGCUCUGCCUUCGAGUCGUGGCCUUAACGCUGCGUUUCGCGUACGGAUUGCACCGGCCCACGACUGGUAGGCGACGCACCACAAAUUCUGCCGUCCCCCCUUCUCUCUCUCAUUUUUCUCUCCAACCAACCAAAAGCUAAAAGAAGAAACCCGAGCUAUAUUCUCUUGAGGAUUCCACCGUAAUUGGAAAACCUCUAAGCCUUUCUCGCGUCAAUGUCCUCCAAUUCUAGCUCCUCACUCUCCGGCGAAGAAUCCACCGGUCCGGACCCCAACCUUACACCCAAACCGCUCGAAGAUCAAUUUGCAUCGGUCGCGUUGUCUGAGCCCGACAACGAAGCGCAGGCGAUUCAGGAUGGGCCCCUAAACGGCGUCGCGAAUGGGUCUCUGACGGAAAGCAAUCACCGAACGGAAAUCCAAAGAAGCUAUGAAGGAGAAGGAAGCGUCAGUGGUGUUGAGGAACGAAUUGAGAGCAGUUUUGAGGUCCAGGAGGUGAGGGAGAGUGUGGAGCGACGCGUGGUGUGGAGGAGGACGAACUCGGAGCUGGAAGUGGAUGGGCAGUCGAGCCCUAGUAGUAGUGGGUAUGCCGGUGAAAGGGGUAGUACCAGUGCCAGCAGUGGUGGGUCGGGAAUUGAUGGGAUAGGCGAUGAUGAGAUACAAGAAGUGAGGAAUGAUGAUUUGGUCGAUGGGGUUUCGGAUUUGCCAGCCUCAUGGGUACCUGGCAAGCGGCACCUCGAUGAGGAUGAUGCUUCCAUAUCAUGGAGAAAAAGGAAGAAGCACUUUUUCAUUUUAAGUAACUCAGGCAAACCAAUAUUUUCCAGAUACGGAGAUGAACACAAGCUAGCAGGAUUUUCAGCAACAUUGCAGGCCAUUAUAUCCUUUGUGGAGAAUGGGGGGGAUCGUGUCAAACUGGUCAGGGCAGGAAAGCACCAGGUGGUUUUUCUUGUGAAGGGACCCAUUUACUUGGUUUGCAUUAGCUGCACAGAGGAGCCUUAUGAGUCGUUGAGGGGGCAACUGGAGCUAAUUUAUGGUCAGAUGCUUCUUAUUUUAACAAAGUCAGUUAAUAGGUGCUUCGAGAAGAACCCAAAGUUUGAUAUGACACCUUUGCUUGGAGGAACUGAUGUUGUCUUCUCAUCUUUAAUCCAUUCAUUCAGUUGGAAUCCAGCUACUUUUCUUCAUGCGUACUCUUGUCUUCCCCUUGCUUACGUGACGAGGCAAGCUGCAGGUGCUGUACUACAAGAUGUUUCUGAUUCAGGUGUUCUAUUUGCAUUAUUAAUGUGCAAGCAUAAGGUUGUCAGUCUUGUUGGUGCUCAAAAAGCUUCUCUUCAUCCUGAUGAUAUGCUAUUACUUGCCAACUUUGUUAUGUCAUCAGAAUCAUUUAGGACUUCCGAAUCUUUUUCACCAAUUUGCCUGCCAAGAUAUAAUCCCAUGGCAUUUUUGUAUGCCUAUGUUCAUUAUUUUGAUGUUGACACAUACUUGAUGUUGCUUACUACAAGUUCAGAUGCCUUUUAUCAUCUCAAGGAUUGCAGGAUUCGUAUUGAAGGGGUCCUUUUGAAGUCAAAUGUUCUAAGUGAAGUUCAGAGAUCCAUGCUAGACGGUGGGAUGCAUGUCGAGGAUUUGCCUAUUGAUCCCUUACCUCGUUCUGGGUCUUUAUCUCCACAUUUAGGCCAACCUAAAGAUUCUCCUGAGAGAUUCAGAGAACCAUAUGUGGGCAUUGGUGGACCUGCUGGACUUUGGCAUUUCAUGUACCGUAGUAUAUUUCUAGAUCAAUAUGUAUCUUCGGAGUUCUCACCACCAAUUAAUAGCCCACGACAGCAGAAAAGAUUAUAUAGAGCUUACCAGAAACUUUAUGCGUCCAUGCAUGAUAGAGGAACCGGUCCCCACAAAACUCAGUUUAGAAGAGAUGAACAUUAUGUUCUACUCUGUUGGGUCACCCCGGAUUUUGAACUAUAUGCGGCAUUUGAUCCACUGGCAGACAAGGCAUUGGCAGUAAAGACUUGCAACCGGGUUUCCCAAUGGGUGAAAGAUGUGGAAAACGAGAUUUUUUUGCUUGGCGCAAGCCCCUUUUCAUGGUGAUAUAUAAAUUUUUCUGUAAUGCAGAGUGUACUAUAGUUUUGUUUUAUCUCUAAUGAAAUCCCACAAUUUUUUUUUU